CUAUAAAUAAACUGUCAUGAUGUAAUAUAAUUUGUUUACUUUCUUUUAAAGUAUAUAUUUAUAAAUAAUACACAAAACUUUUAUUUAUGAAUAUUCUUUUGUAAUAGUGAAAAAUCGGAUUUAAGAAUUAUAAAAAUGAUUUCAAACGCUUUUCGUUUAUCAAUUUGUUCAAGUAGUUUUCUCUAUACUUUUUAUGUUAUGUGUAAUUUGAUGAUUUUCUUAUCAAGUCAUUGUGAUAAUCAAAAACUUGUUCAACUUACUGAAACAGAAGAUGAGGAAGAGGAUUCAAUUCUUUUGACAAUACGAUAUUUAAUAUUCGACACAUGCUUGAUAGUUGCCUUUAUACUACAACACUCAAUAAUGGCUAGUGAUUUCAUAAAGGAAAUCUUUUGUUCAUUAAAAAUAGAAGAUCUUGAACGAAGUAUUUAUAAUGCAUGCAGCGCAGGAGCACUUCAUUUAAUGAUUAAAUUCUGGACGCCAAUAUCGUCGUUAAUACUUUGGAAUAUAAAUACAACACAAAAUUCCAAAAUAUCAUUGAUGAUGACAGCUUUUCAAAUUAUUGGCUGGAUUGUCGUCUACAGUGGCUGUCUCAUGAUGGAUAUUGGUGAAUUAGUUGGAAUAAAACAAGUUAUUUAUAAAAUUAAAAAUUAUCCAUCACCAAUGAGUACAAAAUCCCGAGAAUUAAAACGAUAUUUUGCUCACAUGAGACAUCCAAGUUAUAUUGGAUUCACUUUGAUUCUUUGGAUUCAUCCAUUCAUGAGCCUUGACCGAUUAUUGUUGGCAAUUAUUCUAACAGUAUUUAUGACAAUGAUGUGGAACAUUGAUCAGCAAGAUUAUCAUUAUCAUCUAGAAUCGUUUAAUAGAAAAAAGAGAAACUUACAUUAUUCUUAAAUUUUUUUAAUUUAUAUUUAUUUCAUCUUUUAUCGAUUAUUUAUGCUUUCAGUAUUCAUUCACGCUUCACAUUAACACUUGCCAUUAAUUUAUAAUUAUUUAUUUUG